AUGCGUAAACCAUCCGUCGGCCAGAUUGUGUAUAACGCCACGUUUCCACGACCUCGCACAAACGACCCAGGCUCGUUUGGUGCUCACAUUACCCGAAACCUCGUCCCAGAAGUACGUGUCGAAACUUCCCUUUUCUACGGCUCGCUAGACUGCAUCGAAGCACAAUACCCGGGGCUAGACUACUCGUAUGGACCGCAUCGCAUGCGACUGGGUCGAUUCCCAUGGCACCGAAGGCUGUUCCGGACCUUUGACGAACUCGGUCUGACAGAGGAGGAGAUCUCCAAUCUGUGUCGGUGGGAAGGGACCAAGUCCGCGCGUCAGCGAUACGAGGCAGAAGAAGGGGUUAUCGUGCGGGACACCACAGCCCACUCAGUCCGACCGGCAUCCCCGCAACCCGCGCCUUCGAUCGAGAUCCACUUCAACGACUGCGACUUCUGCGGGACAGAAGAGGAAGAUGACCAGAUUAUCGAAACUCAGAGCAAUGAUACGGUCCGUGCCGUCGAUUCCCGUGCCUCCAGUUACCGGUCCGCCGAGGAGGAGCACGAAAUCGAAGACGAACUCAGCGACGAGGAAAUGGAAAGUUGUGGCGUAGCCCUCAACAACCGGAUCCUUGCUGCGAUGGCUGCUCGCGACCAAGGCACUGAUGUGCCGCUGGAUGAAGACUGGGAACAAUGGCUGAAGGAGGCUGGAGAGCGUGGCGGUUUCGAGAUAGUGCAUGCUAUUCGUAUGAACCAGCCCUUGACUCUUGUCGCCGACAAUGUCCGACUCCCACGCGGUCGCGGUGCGGCCCGUGUGGUGACAAGGGCGACCUUGUUCACCGUGCCAGACAGCAUUAUCACAACGAACACUGCUCUUCCAUCUACAUCCAAUCAGGCCUCCGGCACGGCUCAAUGA